AUUUGUUAUAUAUUCGUAACGUUAUAGCUAGGUACGUCGUGUUGAGUUCCACUGGAUCACAUGACACCAGAGGAGGAACGACACCAGACCUGGAAGGAAGGGAGGGAGAUGGCGGACCUGUGCUAGUUUCAAUCUUAGCGUAUCAAUAUUAUAUUCAGCGCACAGUUUGCCAAACAAGUGAUCAUUUUCAAACACUCAACGUCCAUCCAGGAUGGCCGAGCAAAUCAGCAACGUUAGAUAUCAGGAGCUGGUGAAUGAGGAGGAGCCAGCAGCAGCCCAACCCCCUCAGGAGGAGCCAGCAGCUGUCCUGGAUGCCCCUCCCCCCUACAGCAGCAUCUCAGCUGCCAAUGCAGCGUUCUUUGACUACAAGGAGGAUGCAGGCAGGUUCCCCAACCCCCCGUCCUACAACGUGGCUACCACACUGCCCUCCUAUGAUGAAGCAGAGAGGACCAAAGCUGAGACCGGCAUCCCUCUGGUCCCUGGCAGGGUCGUGGAGGAUGACUUUGACGAUGCUGACCAGCUGCGCAUAGGGAAUGAUGGCAUCUUUAUGCUCACCUUCUUCAUGGCAUUCCUGUUCAACUGGAUUGGUUUCUUCCUGUCCUUCUGUCUGACCACUUCUGCAGCCGGUCGCUACGGCGCCAUCUCUGGGUUCGGCCUGUCUCUCAUCAAAUGGGUUCUCAUAGUCCGGUUUUCCACCUACUUCCCUGGCUACUUUGAUGGGCAGUACUGGUUGUGGUGGGUCUUCCUGGCUUUGGGCUUCAUGCUGUUCGUCAGAGGGUUCGUCAACUACUCCCGGGUUCGCAAAAUGGCCGACCCUACUUACGCCACACUUCCUCGAACGAGAGUCCUGUUCAUCUACUGAAGCUGCUUUUUGAAUAAACAAAACGCCCCUGAAUCUGGAUAGAGAAUCCUCGAUCUGACCUGAAUCUGGAUAGAGAAUCCUCGAUCUGACCUGAAUCUGGAUAGAGAAUCCUCGAUCUGACCUGAAUCUGGAUAGAGAAUCCUCGAUCUGACCUGAAUCUGGAUAGAGAAUCCUCGAUCUGACCUGAAUCUGGAUAGAGAAUCCUCGAUCUGACCUGAAUCUGGAUAGAGAAUCCUCGAUCUGACCUGAAUCUGGAUAGAGAAUCCUCGAUCUGACCUGAAUCUGGAUAGAGAAUCCUCGAUCUGACCUGAAUCUGGAUAGAGAAUCCUGGAUCUGACCUGAAUCUGGAUAGAGAAUCCUGGAUCUGACCUGAAUCUGGAUAGAGAAUCCUCGAUCUGACCUGAAUCUGGAUAGAGAAUCCUCGAUCUGACCUGAAUCUGGAUAGAGAAUCCUCGAUCUGACCUGAAUCUGGAUAGAGAAUCCUCGAUCUGACCUGAAUCUGGAUAGAGAAUCCUCGAUCUGACCUGAAUCUGGAUAGAGAAUCCUGGAUCUGACCUGAAUCUGGAUAGAGAAUCCUGGAUCUGACCUGAAUCUGGAUAGAGAAUCCUGGAUCUGACCUGAAUCUGGAUAGAGAAUCCUGGAUCUGACCUGAAUCUGGAUAGAGAAUCCUGGAUGUUUGAAAAGCGUCAUACCGACAAACAGCAACAAAACUGCAGAAGUCUAAAACCAAACUCCUCAGAUAACCAUCACAACACAGCAGGAUGGGAAAAAAACACAAUCUUGAUGAAUACAACUCUUGUAACAUUCAGGAAUUAAAUACAUCAAUUGUUUUAUUUUAUUUGAAAAACGUAAUUAAUGGAUAAUGAUAGUAUGUACUCUUUAGUGGCGAAUGUUAAGUGCUAUUUGACAUUUUUCAGUCUGUAAUGUAUGUGUAUUGCCUUAUAUCAUUUGAUGGUAGUGUAUUAGCAUGCACCUGCACCUCAAGGGAUCAGUCUUAUUUCACUAAUACUAAUACUUUAUUCAAAGCCCACAAGUGGAAUGCAUUACGAUGCAGUCGUAAUGCAUUAUAAGACUUGUCAUAAGCACUUGUAACACCUUUAUGUUCAUAGUAGUCACCAGCUCAUAGUAAUCAUGAGAUGGGAAAAAAAUAGUCACAUAUGGUAUUACAAUUUCUGAGUUUGUAAUAAAACAUUGACGUUUUCUACAUGCUUAUAACAAGUAAUAAUGCGCUAUACCUGUUGGCUUCAUAUGAAGCGUUGCCCUUAUUUCUAGCCAGUAGAGGGCAGAGUUCUUUGCUAAAAUUUGUCAUCAUGAAUUAUUCCUAUAAGACAGAAUCCUACCUUUUUAUAUGCGCACCUACCUCAAACGUAAGGUAUCGUAUGUGCACAUCUUAAGGUAAAGAUUUUGUCCAAAGUGUUUUUGUUGUACAAGUCAUACAGUUUUGUGUAGAGAGAAAAAAACCUUACGUAUGGAAAAACUAUGAUGCUAUCAGAGAAUGUAAGCAGGUGCACUUUUAGAAACUUACUAAUAAAAUGCCAGGGAGUUCCUCCCAAUGAAAUCAACAAUACACGACCAAAUGGUAGUACCUGUAGUCAGUGAGUAUAGAGCUUUCAUAAGGGUGAAAUGGCAAUUUAUAACUGGUCUAUGACCGUACUAAUUGGAUUUAGUAAGAAGACGAGCAAUUAUACUCUACUUGUCGAUCUUUCUCUUUAGGCAAUUGUUGGCAUAUUGUUAACUGUAAAUGAUCUCAAACAUGCUGUUGGAUCACCCUGUAUGCCAGCCAGUCUGUUUUAAACCAGUUGUUUCGAUUUCUUGCUUAGCCCUUAAUGUGGAAUGGUACAGCACAGCUACAAUCCAAACCCAGUCCUAGACACACAUUUCUCUGGUCUCUGUGUGAAAUAGUACAGCUGCAUCCUUGGGAUUUUAUUGUUAUGAGAUAUUGUUUUAAACUGUAAAAAGCUUAAUGUCUAAUAAAUGUCACUUUCAAAAGCGA